GCAGGUCGCACUUUCGUGAUAUCGACCGAUAGCAAUAGCUUUUCUGUUUGGGCUUAGCUUGAAAUUGAAGACAAAAUAGCCACUGUGUCUUAAGAUUUAUUAGUUAUUUUUUAGGAGGAAAACAAUCGCAAUUAUGUCUGCUACCGGAUUAGCAGAUGAAAUCGCCACUAUUGGCUUCCAGAUAAUCGCACUAGCCAAUGAAAAACUCGGUGGUAUAAAUAACGACGAUUUACUUUCGGCCCUACCGGAUGUGAAACCGGAACAACGUGUUCAAGCACUCAACAAACUACUGCAAGAAGGCGUGCUGGAGAUACUUAAAAAGGGCCAGUCGUUGAUCUACAGACUGAAGGAUCCAGCUAAAAAAUCUAUCGCCCCGAAGGACAUCGAUAAUGAGGAAAAAAUUAUUUACAACAUCAUCGAAGAAGGUGGCAACAAGGGAAUUUGGAUUCGGGACAUCCGUGUCAAAUCCAACCUGAUUAUGACACAGCUGAAUAAGGUGUUGAAACAGUUGGAAAAUAAGAAGUUGAUAAAGGCAGUGAAAUCUGUUAAUGCCAGCAAAAAGAAGGUUUACAUGCUGUAUAAUCUAGAACCGGACAGUUCGAUCACGGGUGGUGCGUGGUAUCAGGAUCAAGACUUCGAAGCUGAAUUCGUGGAUGUGUUGAAUCAGCAAUGCCUACGGUUUCUUCGCAUGAAGCGAGAAACAGCGAAGGAAUGCCGCGAUGGUCCACUGGCAGUGCAAAAACUGUCCUACUGCUCGGUAGCUGAUGUGCACAAGUUCAUAUCCGAUCUAGGCAUAAGUAAAAUAAGUUUGGAUGAAGAUGAUCUUGAAACGAUUCUGAAAACGGUGGUUUACGACGGGAAAGCCGAAUCACUCCUGACCGGUGAAGGUAAGUUUCUCUACAAAGCUAUCGAAAACCCACUGCCGUCUCCCGGGUUAGUGCAGAUGCCAUGUGGAAUUUGCCCGGUGAUUAAAAAUUGUUCAGAUUGUGGAGCAAUUACCCCAAAGCUAUGUUCCUAUAUAAGCGAAUGGCUGGAUUAAAUCAUCAUAACACAUGAUCGAU